AUGCCUGCCUUUGUGGUCGAGCACCUGGAUCCAGAGCUGGGCCCCUGGUCCACCCUGGAAUAUGCCUGCAUUGCUCGUGAAUCCCACGCCCACGGCGCUCGCUUCCUGCUCAGUUCCGUGCCCGCCGAGCUGCAGAUGCCCGCUGAGCUGGCGGCCACCCAAGGACUGGAGGUCGAGCAGCGCAGCGUCGAGAACAUCUUCGCCAAAGACAAAGUCUGUCUGCUCGAUCCAUCUGCUCAGGUCGAAUUAAGCCCCGAAGAUGGCGAUCAUUUCGAGGUUUUCCUGUUCGGUGGCAUUUUGGGCGAUGAUCCGCCUCGAGAUCGGACUUCGGAAUUGAGGAAAAAGGGCUAUGUCGGCCGCCGUUUGGGCCCUAAGCAGAUGACCACCGACACGGCGGUCCGGGUGACCCGAAUAGUCGUCCAGGAGAAAGUGCCGUUGGAGCAGAUUCCCUAUGUCGACUACCCCGAGCUGCAUAUCAACGAGCACGAGCGGACGGAGAUGCCCUUCCGCUAUGUGAUAGAUGCCCAAGGCCAGCCGAUCAUGCCGGAUAUCGACGAGGAUGGUGAGUUCCACACGGAUCCGGGAGACAAUAAAGGGAGAAGACAAAGAAUUGACCGGCCUCGUCUCGGCCAGGCUGUUCGCUCUGUCAUUACUUCAACGCUUUCCUUCUCACUCUGCGCAUCCAUCCUCUCCUCGUGA